AUGAGUAGUGGUGGGCGAUUGUGCGCAUUGUUGGGGGAAUUGGGUUACGAAGGGCAUGAAUCACUGGACCCGGACAGCUUUGAAUGGCCUUUCCAGUAUGACGAAGCUCGACCCAUUCUCGAUUGGCUCUGCUCUAGUCUUCGCCCUUCUAACGUCCUCACCCCUUCUGAGGUUUCACAGUACGAGCAGUUUUUACAAGAAGGGAAGCUUUUGGAGGGGGAGGACCUAGAUUUCGCUUAUGAUAGCAUUUCAGCCUUUUCUACUAGGAGAGACAACCAGGAGGCAGUUUUUGGAACAGAGGAAGGUUUGAAAGAAAUUAGGGAUGCUACGGUAGCACUAAAGACUGAAGCAUUGGAGUUACAGAAACAGCUGAGACGCUUGCAGUCUCAGUAUGAUAUGCUCACUGGGCAGGCUUCAUCAUUAAGUCAAGGAAGAAGAGCACGAGUUGCAGCCACAUCUGCAGUCAAUGGACAACUGACAUCUAUACAGGAUGGCCUUUCCGCCAGAAAUUUAGAGAUGAAUGCCGUUCUUGGAAAGAUGGCUGCUACAGCUCAAGAACUGGCCCAUUAUCAUUCAGGAGAAGAAGAUGGCAUCUACUUGGCUUAUUCUGACUUUCAUCAGUAUUUACUUGCCGAUGCAUCUUGUAUGAAGGAGCUAAAUCAGUGGUUUGUAAAACAACUGGAUACGGGUCCAUACAGGUUGGUGGCAGAGGAGGGAAAGUCGAAAUGUUCUUGGGUCAGUUUGGAUGACAUCUCAAAUGUCUAUGUUCGAGAUCUGGAAAAAUCACACCAUCAGCGUGUUUCAGAACUACAAAGGUUGAGAUCUAUAUUCGGUACAAGUGAAAGGCAAUGGGUAGAAGCUCAAGUUGAAAAUGCUAAGCAGCAAGCCAUUCUCAUGGCACUUAAGGGGCAAGUUACCUCAGAUGAAGCUCACAUUCAUCUUGAUCUUCACUCCCUGAGGAGGAAGCAUGCUGAAUUGGUAGGGGAACUAACAAAUAUGUACCGGAAAGAGGAGAAAUUACUAUCUGAGACAGUUCCUGAUCUGUGUUGGGAGCUGGCUCAGCUGCAAGACACAUAUAUCCUGCAAGGUGAUUAUGAUCUGAAGGUCAUGCGCCAAGAAUUCUACAUCAAUCGACAAAAAUUGUUCAUAACUCACUUAGUCAAUCAGCUGGCAAGACAUCAGUUUCUAAAAUUAGCUUGUCAGCUGGAAAAGAAGACCAUGCUUGGUGCAUUUUCCUUGCUCAAAGUUAUUGAAUCAGAGCUGCAAGGAUACCUGUCUGCAGCGAGAGGGCGAGUGGGUCGUUGUUUAGCAUUAAUUCAAGCCGCAACUGAUGUGCAAGAACAAGGGGCUGUGGAUGAUCGAGAUACGUUUCUGCAUGGUGUCAGAGACCUUUUGAGUAUCUACUCAAAUGCUCAAACUGGUUUAUCAACAUACGUAUCUGCGCCGGGCAUUAUUCAGCAAAUAUCAGAGCUUCAGUCCGACUUGAUGACCUUGCAGUCUGAGCUAGAGCAUGCCCUCCCAGUAGACAGAAACAGAUGUAUCAAUGAGCUGUGCACCCUUGUUCAAAGCCUGCAGCAAUUGCUAUUUGCAUCUUCAACAACUGCUCAACCAAUAUUGACCCCUCGGACAUUGAUGAAGGAGCUUGAUGAAAUGGAAAAGGCCAAUGCGAAACUAGCAGCUGCUGUUGAGGAAGUAACCUUGGAACAUAACAAGAAGAAAGAGAUGGUAAAACAUCAUUCACAAGAGAUAGCACUUCAAAGGCGGGUAUUUGUAGAUUUCUUCUGCAAUCCAGAUCGUUUGAGGAACCAAGUCAGGGAGCUCACUGCGAGAGUUAGGGCUAUGCAAGCAUCAUAG